AGCAAUACGACUGGGCCCCGUCUAAAAUGUUAAAUUAAGUGCAGUCGAUCCAGUAUUAAUAACUGUCAUAUCAUUCACACAGGAAGCACGUAUUUUUUUUUCAUAAAUCAUAGUGGUUGAUUAUUCAUGUGAUCAUCAGGAAGCAGGGGAAUGCGAGUCGUCUCGUAUUUCAUGGAUAUAUAUGCAGUCAAACCUGGAAGUGUAACGAGUUAACGUGAAUUUAAUUCACUGUUAGCGUGUUAGCAACGAAUUCAAAGAUAUGAUGAAUUAUUGAAUAGCAGCGUGUUUGGUAAAUCAGUCAAAGUAACGUCCGUGUUUCUUAAAGAUCCGCAUGCGUCACUCAUCCAUGUUUCUGUCACGGAUACGUAGGAGUCACCGUCACACUGAACUCCGAGUAAUUUUUCCUCCGAUCCGUGCUCGUCUGCAGAGUCGCCCGCCGGUCCGUCCCUCCGCUCCGGCCGCCCGCCCGCCUGCCUGCCUGCCCGUCCGCCCUCCCCGCCCGUCGCUCCCCCUCGAGCGCCACCGCUCAGCGGCCGCCUGGAGGCGCCUCUCCGGCCCCCUCCGCCACUCACUGCACGCAAACAUGGCGACAAGGCGCUCAUUGAAGAUGCGGCUCCUUGCGCUGUGCUCCGCCGCUCUGCUAUUCAUCGCGCUUCCUGGCUCUUUCUCCUCCACCCUGCGGCUUCACCCGGACCCGCGGUUCAUCAUGCUGCCGCAGGAGAGGGGCUUUUCUUGGGUGCACGCCAACCGAGAGCAUCCCGGAGCGGGGAGCGAGUCGAACGCCGCCCCGCAGUCCCCGCAGCACCGCGCCCGGCGCAGCCCCGCGGAGUCUCCCCGACUCAAGGUGUACGGAAAGGUCAACCUGAACGACUCCCACAACCAGAUGGUGGUGCACUGGGCCGGGGAGAGGAGCAACGUCAUCGUGGCCCUGGCCAGGGACAGCGCGGGCUCUCCGGGACUCAAGACCAGCGCGGUGUACGUGUCCUACGACUACGGAACGACGUUCUCCUUCAUCUCUGACAAGUUCCAACUGAACGGCAACAGAGCAGGGGCUAAACCGGCCAUUGCUCAGUUCUACCACAGCCCUGUGGACAACAAGAGGUACAUCUUUGCCGACACUACGAACAGCUUCCUCUGGAACACGUUCGACUUCUGCAGGACCGUGCAGGGCUUCUCGGUCCCCUUUAAGCCCACCGACCUGCUGCUGCACAGCACCAAGCCCAACCUGGUCCUGGGCUACGACAGCCUGCACCCCAAUAAGCAGCUGUGGAAGUCAGAUGACUUUGGUGAGACAUGGGUGCUGAUCCAGGAACAUGUCAAGUCCUACUUCUGGGGCGUGGAGCCGUACGACCCAGCCACCACGGUCUUGGUCCAGCGACACGAGCCGUCGGGUGCCUCCAGUGUCCUCAGCAGCACAGACUUCUUCCAGAGCGAGGAGAACCGGCACUUGAUCAUGGACCGCGUGGACAGCUUCCAGCUCCGGGACAAGUACAUGUUCGCCACGACCACCAGGGUGUUGCUGGGAAGCCAGGAGCCCUCCUCCGUCCAGCUGUGGGUCUCCUACAACCGCCAGCCCAUGAGGGCCGCCCAGUUCAACACGCGGCACCCCAUCACUGAAUACUACAUCGCAGAUGCCUCGGAGGACCAGGUUUUUGUCUGUGUGAACCACAAGGACAACGUCACCCACCUGUACAUCUCGGACACCCAGGGCCUGUCCUUCUCGCUCUCUCUGGAAAACGUGUUGUACUAUAGUCCUGACGGCACUGGCAGUAAUACCCUCAUCAGGUACUUUGCAAACGAACCCUUUGCUGACCUUCACCGGGUGGAGGGGCUCCGGGGGGUCUACAUCGCCACUCUCAUCAACGGCUCUCUGAGCGAGGACAACAUGCGCUCCGUCAUCACAUUUGACAAAGGGGGCACUUGGGACCUGCUGCAGCCACCGGUCACCGACAGCCUGGGAGGCACCCUGGACUGCCAGCUCUCCAAGGGUUGCUCUCUGCAUCUGGCCCAGCGCUGGAGCCAGCUGCUCAACGUCCAGCUGCGGAGGAUGCCCAUCCUCUCCAAGGAGUCGGCACCCGGCUUCAUCAUGGCCACAGGUUCUGUGGGUCGCAGCCUGGCUAACAAGCCCAACGUGUACAUGUCAAGUAGUGCGGGGGCCCGGUGGAGAGAGGCCUUGGCAGGACCCCACUUCUACACGUGGGGAGACCACGGAGGGAUCAUUAUGGCCAUCGCCCAGGGGGGCUCCACCACAGAGCUCAAGUUCAGCACCAACGAGGGAGAGACGUGGACGCCGUUUGAGUUUUCCAGCCAGGAGGUGUUCGUGUACCAGCUGCUGACAGAGCCUGGGGAGAAGAGUACUGUCUUCACCAUCUUCGGCUCCUAUGCCGACCAGGGCCACAGCUGGCUCAUCCUGCAGGUCAACGCCAGUGACGUCCUGGGGGUGCCGUGCACAGAGGGGGACUACAAGCUCUGGUCUCCAUCCGACGAGCGGGGAAAUGGGUGCCUGCUGGGCCGGAAGCUGGCGUUCAAGCGCCGCACGCCCCACGCCACCUGCUUCAACGGGGAGGACUUUGACCGGCCGAUCACUGUGACCAACUGCUCCUGCACGCGUCAGGACUACGAAUGUGACUACGGGUACAAGCUGAGUGAAGACCUCUCUCUGGAGGUUUGCAUCCCUGACCCAGAGUUCUCUGGUCGCCUGGAUGGCCCACCUGUGCCAUGUCCUGCGGGCACCAUGUACCGCCACAGCAAGGGGUACAGGAAGGUAUCUGGGGACAGCUGCAGCGGUGGUGACGUGGAAGCCAGGCUGGACGGAGAAAUGCUACCCUGUCCUGUGGGAGAGAGUAAUGAGUUCAUCCUGUACGCCGUGCGCAGCUCCAUCCACCGCUAUGACCUGGCCACCGGCAUCGACCAGACCCUGCCGCUAACCGGCCUGCGUGAGGCUGUGGCCCUGGACUUUGACUAUGACAUGAACUGCCUGUACUGGGCAGACAUUGCUCUGGAUACUAUCCAGAGGCUGUGCAUGAACGGGAGCUCCGGCCAGGAGGUAAUUGUGAGACGGGGUUUGCAGAAUGUAGAGGCGCUGACAUUCGACCCCAUCAGCAGGCUGCUCUUCUGGGUGGAUGCUGGUGCUCAGAAAAUCGAGGUGGCCAACCCUGACGGGGACCUGCGGCGCACUCUCUUCAACUCGUCCGUGCUGGAACACCCCAGAGCCCUGGCACUGUUGCCUGGGGAGAGCCUCAUGUUCUGGACAGACUGGGGAGACCGGGCAGCCGGCGUGUACCGGGCCUGGAUGGACGGAUCCAACGUGUCCUGCAUUGUGUCAGAAGGCGUCCACUGGCCCAACGGCCUCGCCACCGACGAGCACUGGCUGUACUGGACCGAGGCGUACGUCGACCGCAUCGAGAGGGCCGACUUCUCGGGUGGUCAGCGCAGCGUGCUCGUGGAGGGUCUGCCGCACCCCUACGCCAUUGCCGUCUUCAAGAAUGACAUCUACUGGGAUGACUGGUCCAGGAUGGGCAUCUUCAAGGCCCCCAAGUCUGGUUCAUCAGACAGCGAGCAGCUGGUGGGGCGGCUGACAGGGGUGAUGGACCUGAAGGUCUUCUACAAGGGCAAGACCACAGGGCACAACGCCUGCGCAGACCAGCCCUGCAGCCUGCUUUGCCUCCCCCGACCCGGGCAUCGGCACACCUGCGUCUGCCCCGAAGGAGCCCCCUCAACUCGCCUGCCCUCCGGCGAAGUGCAGUGCCAGUGCCCUGCCGGCUACCGGCUGCGCAACAACACCUGUGUGAGGACAGAAAGCACCUGUCUGCCGAACCAGUAUCGCUGUGCCAACGGGAAGUGCAUCAGCAGUAUCUGGAAGUGUGACAGCGACAAUGACUGCGGGGACAUGAGUGACGAGGAGGAGUGCCCCACCACCAUGUGCGACCCAUCUGUGCAGUUCCGCUGUGUGGCAUCAGGUUCCUGCAUCCCGCUGGCCUUCAAGUGCGACCACGAGGACGACUGCGGCGAUAACAGUGAUGAGGAGCACUGCGAAAGCCACCAGUGCCGGCCAGGCGAGUUCACAUGCGCCCGUGGCGUGUGCAUUCGAGAUGCGUGGCGCUGCGAUGGCGACAACGACUGCCGCGACUGGUCUGAUGAAGCCAACUGCACGGCAGGGCACCAUACAUGCGAGUCCAGCAGCUUCCAGUGUCGCACAGGCCACUGCAUCCCCCAGCGCUGGGUCUGCGACGGCGACGACGACUGCCAGGACGGAUCCGACGAGGAGGCUUCGCAUUGCGGAGGCUCCCAUUGCAAUGGCUUCCUGUGCCCCAACGGCACCUGCCUACCGGCCAGCUCACACUGCAACGGUGUGGAGGACUGCACAGGGGGCGAUGAUGAGAAGCACUGUGACCCGCUCUGCACACGCUACAUGGAGUUUGUGUGUCGGAACCGCGCCCAGUGCCUUUUCCAGUCCUUGGUGUGCGACGGUGUCCGCCACUGCGCGGACGGUUCUGAUGAGGACGCCUCCUAUGCUGGCUGCUCCACGCGGCCCGAGUUCGAGAGGACGUGCGACGCCUACAGCUUCCAAUGUGCCAAUGGGACGUGCGUGAGCCUGGAGUGGAAGUGCGAUGGCAUGGAUGACUGCGAGGACUUCUCUGAUGAAGCCAACUGCGAUUCCACCACAGACGUGCCCGGCUGUUCCCACUUCUUCCAAUUUGAGUGCCACAACGGUCGCUGCGUGCCCAGCUGGUGGAAGUGCGAUGGGGAAAAUGACUGCGGCGACUGGUCCGACGAAGCCGGCUGCAUAGGUGGAGUCACGCCCUGGCCCACCACGCCCGGCUCCCUCUCCUGCUCCCCCAACCACUUCCGCUGCGGCUCCGGGGCCUGUAUCGUGAACACCUGGGUGUGUGACGGCUACGCCGACUGUCCAGACGGCGGCGACGAGAUCGGCUGCUCCGUAGGUUCCAACGGAACCUCUGCCCCAGGCCCUGUGCCCACCCCACCCUUCUCCCCGGGACGCUGCAGCAGGGGACAGUUCCGGUGCCGCUGGCCGCCCGUCUGCAUUGCAGACUGGAAGCGCUGUGACGGACAGCGCCACUGUCAGGACGGCUCGGACGAGGCAUCGUGCCCCACCCAAGGGCCCCUGUCUUGUGUGAAUGGGACUCUGUGUGCCGACGGCGAGGCCUGCGUGAAAGACAGCGAGCGUUGCGACGGCUUCAUCGACUGCUCUGACCACAGCGAUGAGGACAACUGCUCGGCUGACACCCGCGUCUACAAGGUCCAGAACUUGCGAUGGAGUACCGACUUCUCCGGCACAAUCGCCCUCACCUGGUCUCGGCCCAAGAACCUGCCGCCUUCGUCCUGUUGCUACCUGGUCUACUACAGGCUGGUUGGUGCGCAGGCUUGGACGUCGUUGGAGACCCACAGCAAUAAGAGCAGCUACGCUCUGACGGUACUAAAGCCGGACACCACCUACCAGGUCAAGGUGCAGGUUCAGUGUCUCAGCAAGCUGCACCGGACCAGCGAGGUGCUGACACUACGCACACCGGAAGGAUUGCCGGACCCGCCCCGGCACCUACAGCUGUCGUGUGACAACAGCCAAGACGGCACAGUGGUGUGCUCAUGGCAGCCCCCAGACCAGGCCCAUGGACUCAUCCGGGAGUACAUUGUGGAGUACAGCAGCGGCAGCAGCACAGAGUGGACGUCACAGCGCAGCACCGGAACCAGCACUUCAGUUAUGAACCUGCAGCCCAGCGCCCUCUACAGGUUCAGGGUUGCUGCUGUGACCAGCCGGGGUGUAGGAAACUGGACCGAUGUCAAAUCCAUCACUCCUCAAAAAGCCCUGCCAGCCCCAUCAGUGAGAGUGGAUGGCAUUACUGACAACUCUGCCAGUCUGAGUUUUUCCUUCACUUCCCAGUACCAGGUGGAGCAGUAUGUCCUGGUCCUUUACUGGGUGUUUGAUGCCCAUGUGAAGGAGAGCAGGAACUUGACGGUAACGGGGAGCUCCAUGAAAGUGACCAACCUAACUGCCGGUACAAGCUAUGAGAUGGCCGUGUGGGCUCACACCAGUGUAGGCGACAGCCCGACAGCCCUGUCCAGCAUGCAGACACCCGGCACCCAGCCAGCCCCACCCAUCCUCAAGGCCCGCCCCUUAAACCAGAGUGCCGUGGACUGUAGCUGGACCGGCCCUCACGGAGAGCUGUAUGGCGUAUUCUUCGCCACCUCCUUCCUGGACCUGUACCGCAACCCUCGCAGCCACAACAGCACCACCAACAGCCUGAUAGUCACUGUGGACACCGACGAACAAUAUCUCUUCCUUGUGCGGGUCGUAUCACCUUACCUGGGCCCCCCCUCCGAUUAUGCCGUGGUGAAGAUGAUCCCCAGCGGAAGGCUUCCUCCCCGUAACUUGCACAAGGUGCAUGUGGAGAAGACCCAGGCCACCCUCAAGUGGCAGCCACCCUACGACUCCCCCAGCGAUCCUUUGACCUACACUGUCCACGUGAGGGACAUGGUGCGGCGCACCGAAGCCAGCUAUAAAGUGACCACGAAGAGCAACACGGUGGAGUACUUGCUGCGGAACCUGGAGCCCGGGGGUCGCUACAGCGUCAGUGUACGACUGCGCAACAUGAGCAAGGAGGCGAGCUUCACGCUCAACACAGUACCCUUGCCUGCCCCCGAUGCGCUGAAGCUCCUGGUGGAGAAGGACCACGUGUUCCUCCUGUGGAAGAGCCUGGCAGUGAAGGAGCGUAGCUUCAAUGAGAGCAGGGGCUACGAGGUCCAUGUGUACGACAGCGUGACCAACUCCUCCACCUGUCUGGGCAACACCACCGAGACCUUUUUCCGCGUUGGCAGCCUGCUGGCAGGACACAACUACACCUUCUCGGUCCGUGCGCGGUGCCUGAUCAACGGGCAGCUCUGCGGGGAAGCGGCGCUGCUGCUCUACGACGCUCUAGGCUCAGGCGAGAACAGUGAGCCGUCCUCCAAACCAGGCGGCUCUGGCGACGUGGCAGCUGUGGUGGUUCCCGUGCUCUUCUUCUUGCUCUUAGCCAUGUGUGGGGGGAUGCUGGCACUGUACCUGCGCCACCGCCGCCUUCAGCACAGCUUCACGGCUUUCACCAACAGCCACUACAACUCCCGCUUGGGCUCUGCCAUCUUCUCCUCCGGGGACGAACUGGGCGACGAAGACGAGGACGCACCCAUGAUCAGCGGCUUCUCAGACGAUGUUCCCAUGGUGAUAGCGUAAGGGAGGCUCGGCUGAAGCCCUCCCCUCAACCCCGACAAGCUUUCUUCCCCCCUCCCUCCCUUUGCCAUCUCUGCUCUCUCUCUGCCCCUCUCCAGUAUGUGUGCCAACGGGGUACAGCUGCAGGGUCUCUGCUGUAGUGCAAGGGUUCAGGAUUUCAGGAGGAAAAGCAAAAAGAUUCGAUAUUUUUUAAAUCUACGAUGCACUUUUUGGAUGCGCAAUAACUUAUUUUUUUAAGAUGUAUCACCUAUAUGUGUGUGUGUAUGUAUGUCUAUAUACAUAUAUAUGUGUGUAUGUAUGUAUAUAUAUAUAUGUGUGUGUAUAUAUAUAUAUACAUACAUACAUACAUACAUACAUACGCACACAAGCAUAAUAAAAGUAUGUAUGUCUUAUGCAUAUAUGUAAGGAAAAGGACUUGUAGGCGGAAACUGAAGCAGCAAACUGUGAAGCAUAUGUCAACCAAAAUUUACCCCGAAAGCUGGGCCUGUGAGGGAGAGGAUAGUGUUGGACUGCACACCCACCCUACUUUAGAGCACCGCACGGGUAAGGCGCAAAGAGCAUCUCUGGUACGGCUGACACAGGAGAGAAACCGGCCUGUUACAUGUAUUCUUGUUUAUGGCUCAUCGCUUAAGUGACCAGUGAAGAAGAGAAAACACUUAUAAAUUCACAUGUGACGAUUUUAGUUUCGGUGACAUUUUCAGGGAAAUUGCAUCCACUGGUUGCCCAGCUUUGUAAAAUCCUGCUUAGAAAUGACAGAAACGGAAGAAUCCGGAAGCGUAGUUAUGACAGAGUGCACAUUGACUGCGGCUGAGAGACGUGUUCACGUUCGGAUCAUAAGUGCAAACCAGCGUGGCGAGGAAGAUUCAUCUUCCCCGGAUGGCCGCUUCUUCCAGCGAAGGGGGUUAGUGUGACGGCUGACCUGAUGCACUUCGUGCUUGUGAACGGACGGUUACUGCAGGUGAGCGACCGCAAGAGCGCAGCCGUGGUUCGAAUCGGUGGCCUGCGGUCGUGCUCAGGGAACGAGCCGGCUGAGGUGAGUGCGUCUGCGUGCGGCAGUCGUGUGGAAGGAAGGGGAAACGUUUGAAGCAGGAGGGCGGGUGUUCCGCCACAUUUCUGCGUGGGACGAUGGGACAUGAGAACGCAGCGGAUGUUGAGCCAUUUUAACUGGAAGUUGGGUUUUAUUUUUAAAAUUUUUUUUUCUUUUUUUUUUUUUUUUUUAAAAAAUUUGAUUUGUUAUGAAUGUAUUUUAUAAAUGUGCGAUCUUUGAAUGAUGAAUGGUCAUUGUACAAUCCAGCUCAUAACCAUCAAGAAGGGCACUCACACACACACACUCUCUCUCUCUCUCACACACACACACACACACGCACACGCACACGCACACGCACACUAAUGCACACGGUCGGUUGGUCAGUCAGUGUCCAUAGGAGGUGAGAGCCAUAUCCAGCCCAGGUCCCCACCUGUCUGCCAGCGGUGAGGACUGGGGUUUACCUCAGGUGGUAGUGCUAUGUCCGUGACCUCAUCCCCCACAGUUUCCACUCACCUUCAUGUGCCAACCUGUCGCUCCGGUUCAUGGCCAAGGAAAUAGACUGCUGUGCCCAAACGGUAACUGUUGCUGAACUGUCCUGGUCGUACCCUGGACAGGUGUGCAGUAUGUCCCCAGUCCUCAGCCACAGGUGGGUUAGGGUUAUGUUGCCAAUCGCAGGUGUGUCAGGUGUUCAUGUCUCUAGUCUCCCGGCACAGUUACCUGGUAUCGAUGUGCUUGGCCACAGGUGUGAAUGUGUGUGUGUGUGUGUGUGUGUGUGUGUGUGUGUGUGUGUGUGUGUGUGUGUGUGUGUGUGUGUCGGGUGCACAUUCCCCCAGCCACCCACCACAAACAUGUGGCCCUCAGUGUGUUCAUUGUGGUCUUCCUGAGCUAGUGAUGUGGUGUUCCAUGUAGUUUUAUUUGCCUUAAUGGGAGUUGUGGUGGUAGACAUGGUGACAGCACUGUUUCUCACUUCAGCAUCGCUCUCUCUUGGUUUACCACAUCUGCCUUCUCUAACAGUCCGAGAUUGUAUUUGUAAACCACACACCAUACACAUGUGUGCACGAACACGCACUCUCACACACUCGAGCUCACUGUUAACGCAUCCCAUGUAAACCGUACGCUAUUUUGUUACGAGGCAGUAGGUGAUUUUUCAUUCAUCUCAAGUGAUUAACUGCAUUUUUUUUUUUUUUUUUGCAUUUUUUCACAAAUCAAAAUGUUGUAAUAUUUCUAAUGUUUCGAGCAUUUAGUGGUUUGUUGCUUUUCAUAGGGUCAUACCUUUGUAAAGUAGGAGAGCUUCAUGGCGUUUACUGCACAUGACGUGAUGCUAACGGGACAUUCUAAUAUGCCAGCUGACAUUGGAUUUGAAGGGAAUGAAGAGUGCUCUUCACACGAGGUACAGCCAAGAGUAUGCUACAAAAACUGCUUAUACUGAAUAAACUUGUA